AUGAGGGGACAUUUUUCCAUCGAGUGGAUGGCCCAGAGCAGCCAGCCAGCGAGGACAGACGCCGUCUCUGCCUCCGGACCCACCACCUGUGGGACGCAUUCAGAGAGUCUGCCGGGUUUCUACUGCCGGCAAAAGUCUGAGAACGAACCAGAACUGCAAGAGACCAGGAGCCCAGGACUCGAAGCUUUCAGCCUGAACACUCUGCAGCACCAAACCACUCACAGCAAUCAAGCGGCUGAAGCAGGCUUCAGCAGCGGGACAGAGGAGGAGACCUCCGGGUACGAGAGUGAAGGGGGUCCCUCCGUCUCCCCCUCGGCCCCUGCUGACUGCACCUCCACCUCCCCGGCGUCCCCUCCGUCAGGGAGGAGACCCCGUACGGCCUUCACACCGGAGCAGAUCAGCAACAUGGAGAAGGCCUUCAAGAGGAACGCUUACCUGGGAACACGAGACAAGGCCGAGCUGUGCAAGAAGCUCAACCUGUCUGACAAACAGAUCAGAAACUGGUUCCAGAACAGGCGGAUGAAGUUGAAGCGGUCGGUGCAGGACGCCCUGGCUCAAGCCUGUCAGGCGAACGUCGCCUCUCAGCUGAUGCAUUACCCCGAGCUGCAGGCCUACAGGCCGGGGCCGUACCCGAGGUACCACUCCUCAGCAGCAGCAGCAGCAGCAGCAGCAGCAGAGGGCCCGGCCCCCGCCUCCUACAUCCAUCCACACAGCCUGCAGUACAGCUCGCCUCUGCCCAGCGUCUCCACCCUGCCACUGGACUCUUUCUACCAGUACAGCAGCCUUCCAGCGGUCAUGCUCCCCUCUGCCACCACCCAGCUCAUGAGCUCCUACCCAACAUACCCUCAGUAUUACUGA